UGUGCGUUACGCUCGAGUUGCUGCGUUGUCCAUGUUACCAAAACGUCGACCUAUAUAUCGCGAAAUAAUACGCGACGUUUGAAAAUUAUAUAAAAAAAAAAAACAUUUACAAUGCCUACUAUUAUGCAAAAAUUAGUACCUUUAAAAAAACAAAACUAUAAAGACCGAAUCACCGGCUAAUAUAUCUCCAUCGACACAAACCAAAACACACCCACGCUCAUCAUCCGUACGCGCUUAAUAAGCGUUGAAUAAAGGCCGCCGAACAGAGACCGGCAACACCUCGGUUCCGGUGGGGGCGUCGAGAGCAGCGGUAUGAGAGGUCAAGUUUUCGCUCCAGUAAUCGGUGAUCGUUUGUCGGACAAGGUGGCCACAUCGGGAGCGGUUGUUCAUAUAAACUCGCCGAUUUAUUUAUCGUUGCGUGCGGUUAUUUAUGCUUAUUUUCUUUCUUUUACCGCACGACGAAAAAGUGAAAAAGUUUGCUUAUUCCGCGUGCGAAGAAAAUUCGUUCGGGAAGUUAAUUAAGACUUUAUCGUCGGGAUUAUAUAAUGAUUUUAAUUACGCUGUUGAUAGAGAGGUGAGAUAGACGGCGAAGCGCGAGGUGUUUUAAUUAGAUUAACGAUUUUUUGUUGUAUCGUCUUUUGUGGACGAGUUAUUUCUUUGGAUUGUAAACAAGAUUCGUAUUAGCUUAUAAUCGACGAAUGAAGCUCAUUAGUAUGAUACACAAACAAAUAACAAUGCGUGGCCGGGUAAUUACACCCAACGCUCUUUGAAUUUCUAGUUAUAUCCCUUUACUGAUUAAAAAACGUUUUUCAUCAUUCAAAAAGCCUCUGCGUCAAUUUCAAACAAAAACAAGCUCGCGUCGACCUGCCAUUUACCCUUCCAGCUCGUCUAAAAAUACAAAAUCCAGAGCGUAGCUUGAAUUUUUUCAAAAACAUCCCUGCUCACUUUUCGCAGAGAAAAAAUGCUAACGCAGCCCACCUUUUCGAGUGCACCUCGUUAAGCAAAUUCCGAGCCGUAUAAAAGCGUGUUCUAGGUGCACCUGCGUGAUGCGCUUAUUAUAGUGGUAUAUACAUACAGCGGAAGAGAGUUGGUUUGAAUGGUGGAGUUUAUAGCGCUCGUGACGUGAAAGUGGACACCCAUAGAAUCUUCCGAUGCGCCUUUUGCUCUCUAUGCGGAAGGAGUUUGUACGCGGCUGUGAAUUAUCGCGUGCUUUUGAACAGGUUACCUACGGUGCGCAGAGGAGAUUAUUUAUCCGCGAUCAUAUUCUGUGCUUCGUUUUUUUUCCUCAGCUCGCUUGAAUAGAAAUUUCAGCAUCUCUCUUCAAAAGCCUUGUCCUACCUGAACCUUCAGGAAAAUUCAAGCCCGAUAUUUCACUAGACCAGUAGCCCGCGAUGUGUAUAAAUACCGCGAGGGAUUAUCGAGGCCGUCGCGCAUCUCUUUGAGGCUCACCUUGUGGCACACACGUUUAUAAGAAGGCGCCAACGACAAGAUGAUGCCGCGCAGAAAAGCGCUGACGUCAGGCGCUUGUGUGUGUGUGGUGUCGACGGAAGAAAGUGAAAAGCUCGCGCGCGCAUCAUCGCGCGCUUGUAACGCCUCCGUAAAGCUUUAGACGCGUAUUAUAUUUAGGCGGCGUGUCACACGGCUGCCUUUCGGAAUCAGUCGCUUUCGCGAUCGGGACGGAAUUAAACGUGCGCGAGUUGCUGACGAGAGCGCGGUUAUCUCCUGUGUGCUAUAACUAGAAAAUAAACUGGUGAAAUUUGUUCGAAUCGUUUUAAAUCCUUCGGUGUCUAAAACUGCCGAAUGUGUCACAGUGACGUGCAAAACCCAUUUCGAAAGUACGUUUUUCACCUACUCACUCCCUGAUCCGAAAAUUUCCCCUCGAUCCAUCACAAACUCUUAUCCUAAAAGUCGGUAGCUCUCUGAAAACUGCACUCAACUCGCUUAUACAACUUACAAGUCCUCUUUAAACUUUUACAACUUUUAUCUCCCCGCUGCAGCAGCUUCGGCUCUCGCGUUUCUCGCGGUGCAGUGUAUAGCCUAUCGAGAGCUAUAGCUGUGUAUACAUGUGUCUAUAUAUGUGCGCCGCGAAAAGCCGUAACCGCGCCGACAGGAUUCGGUUACCAAGUACUCGCGAGUCGGCAUACGAGUCGGGCUUCGGCGUCUCGGUUUCGCGCUGCUUGAAGCAGCCCCGAGAAAUCAAGCACCGCGAAAACCACUGCUCUCUCUUGGUGUAUGUGGAGCGAUAAACCGCAGACGCCGCCGCCGACGUUUUUUAUUUUCGCGCACGCUGGCGCCGUGUGUGGUUUUUCGGUAUUUUUCAACUAUCCGAUCGAGUAAUUGCAUGAGUGGUUGUGGAGGAAUUUCGAAGAUUUUCGUGUCGAGGAAUUUUCGGAUAUGGGUUGCGAAUUGAUUUAUUUUAUGGUCGGAGCGUUUAAUUGGCGGAGAUUGGAAUCUGGCGAUCGGAUUGGGAUAGGAGAGCAGGUAUGCUUGACUUUUUAGUUGAGAUUUAGUCAACCGGGCCCAUUCGUUUCAUAACUACACUUUGAACUAUCCUAAGCAAUACAGCACCUCUCGAUCCGAUAACCCGUCAGCGCUCAAUUAAAUCGAAAUAAACCCAACCUGUACCAACAUCCUUAACGCGCAAUUCAUCUCUCCCAACUCCUUCCUCUCUUGCACUCACCUUUCCAAAACAAAAUAAAACCUCCAUCGAUAAAAAAAUUCCUUGCAGACUAGCGCAAUACGGCACGCGAAUCUGUCGCUUCGCGCCUGUAAAUCACCUCGUACUUAUCUGAUGUACACACAAGCAGCCGCGAGAAUCGCGAAUGAAGAAAUGCAUGUGUAUCGCGCGUAUACGUCUAAUAAAACCGCAUUCGUAUAUUCGCUGCGCAGCAGACUUUUCGCGCAGUAAACAUUGCAGGCGCGCAAGAGCAUCGAAAAAAUACGCGGGACGAGAGGAGUCGCAAUUUGUGUACCAAGAACGCGCUUUUAUCGCACGCGCGCGCGCGAGAAGAGUUCCGCGAAUGGAGGUCACCCAAAGAGAGAGCUAAAUCUAUUGUAAAAAUGUCGCGCUGGAAUUCUUGCGAGGAGUUUGUGUGUUUGUUGAUUUCUUGGCUGCAGGUGAUUAAUGAACGGUGACCUGUAUUCUUAUAUUAUUCUUAGUAGAAGCUACGUGAUUUAAUCUACAGGAAAUCGUUGAUAGAAAGAAGCUAACUUUGUGAACAAUGUCACGGGAAUAAGUAAAAACAAUCGCAACGAGCGUUAAUGAACGGUUAACAAUUUGAAUUAAAAAAAAUGAGUGACUUGAUACAGGGCCGCCGAGCCCACCAAAAUAUUGCCCUCCAGAAGGGCUAAUACACUCGAUCGGUCUCAGUGCGCAUCGACAACUUGAAACCAGAAAGUUAAAAAAUAAAAGAGAUGCCGCAGUACGACGAGUCGUUUCUGGACUCGCCGAUCUUCCGGCGUCGAGCACGAAGCUACUGCGUGCAAAAGCAGUCGGUGCGCAAGUCCAGGUCAUCGUUUCAACUAACAGCUUCGCCGCUGCUGCUAGCGGUCACCAGUCCGACUAGGAGAAUCAAGGCCUCGGCUUCCAUAUGCAAUCUCCAAGGGAUUGGCACUGAGGUCGAGGAGCGACCGGCGGGCAAAGCGCGCGGCGGCAAGCUAGCGCGUCGCGCGCGCUCCUUCAAGGAGGACUUCCUGGAGAAGCUCUCGCAGAUGCGCUCUCCGGGCGGAACAGCUGGGGGUGGUGGCGGCGGGGGUGGCAGCGCCGCCGGGACCCGAGCGGCCUCACCCUCCUCGCCGAGAGGUGCUCCCAGCGUCACCAUCGACGGCCAACAGCAGCAGACCAACGACAAGAAUCCGCUGCGAGAUCUCCACGUCCACGUGAGGCAGGUCCAACUGGCACUCCUGCACUUCCGGGACGUCGUGUCGAAGAACAAACUCGAGAUGCUGCCUGGCAAUGGGACCGUCGUCCUCGAUACCGUCACCACGAUACACACGCUGCUCAAGUCGUAUCUUCUCUAUGAGAAUAGCUCGACCCUCGGCUCGGCGACGAACCAAGUGUACCAGGCUUUGGCUCAGCUGUUGAAGCUCUGUGACGACGUCCUUUUGCACGGCGAUCAGUCCUCGGCCCUCGACACGGCCAACGUCACCCACGUGAUAGGCCUCGUCGAGGAUGCCGUGAAGAACCUCGUCGAGCUUGCUCAGGAGAAGAUCUCGAACAAGCAGAAACCCGCCCUGCAAACUUCCAGCAAUAGAACGUCGGGCUACAGUUCGGAGCUGACGCCGCAGCGCAAUUCCCUGCCCGACAUCCCACUGACGCCUAGGGAACGCCAGAUCCUCGAGCAGACGGCAGCUUCGAGUGCGCUAGUUAGAAGUUCCCACAGCUCCGAGUCCAUCCUCAGGGAUUCAAGUCCACCGCCCAAGCCGCCGCUUCCCGACAGGACGCUUUGUCGAUCGGAGGACAACAACAGCUCGGCGGGCAUGACACCGCCACCUCUGCCCCCCAAACGUCGGAUCAGGACACAACAGCUACAUCUGGAGGACCGAGACGCGACGGACGCGAGUAUUCUGGUCUCGAGUCUCGACAGAGUGUCGCUGCGGAGUAGAUCACCCGAAGACUCGUCAUCGUUACUCAGCGCAUCGGCCGGUAGUCUCGAUUCGGCUCUCAAUCACUCGCGAGACGAGGACGAGAUCAGGGCGAUUAUGGGGCCGAACGACGAGUCGUUCAGCGACAGCAUGGACCUCAGCCUCAUGGCUACCAUUCAGGGUAUGCAAGUAAACGGAAGCUCGCAUUGUGGCUGCUGGGAUGGAUCGGAGACGAGCCUACCUAGUACGAUGCUGCUGGGUCAGCAAACCUCUCAGGAAAUGCUCGGUCAGUUUACUGGCAUCGAGGCGAAGAUGGAACGUCUCUCGACGCAGACGCAGGAGUCGGGCUUCGUGUCGAUGCACUCGCAACGAUCGUCCUCCCAGAGCUAUACAUCGACGGCCGCAGCAACGACGAACCUCGUGUCCAAACGAUCCUCCCAGCAGAGCAGCCUCAGUUACAACUCCCAGAGCGUCCAGUCGUUCACCCAACAUCAGCGACUAUCCGCUGGCGAGACCACGACGACCAGCAACGGAUCAGUCGUCAGUCACAAGACCACCAGCAUGACCAGCUCGAGAAGCGUUCACAGUGCGAGCAAUAUCGGAGCUGAUCCGUCCUUCAUGGAGAAAUUGGUAUAUGAAAUCGAAGCGCUAGCCAAUUCUGAUGCGAAUGGAAUACCUCCGGCACUGCCGGAAAAGCGCUCGAAGCGCCGAAAAGAGCGUCUACCCUCGCAGUACGAUAACGUGCCGGAAAACGAACACCUAUCGACUUGCAGCCUUCACACCGCGAGCAACGGCAACAGUCCCAUCGACAACAGCAGGCCACCGCCUCUGCCGAUGAAGAAGCGACACAUGUUCCAAUCUGUGGCAUAUUCCGUAAUGGCGUACAUGGAGAUGUUCGGUAACUGCUCGCACAGCAACAACGACUUCAUCCCGGGGAUCGGAACGAGACACUCGGUCGCAGCUUACAAUUCUAUGCAAGCCGAGUGGCAACAGCACGAGAUGGCCCUCACGACGACACAGUCCUGCUCCUUCAUGACGCAUACGAUGACAAGUUUGCAUGACAAUUCCAGUCACACGUUCUCGAUGGCACCGACGAUAAGGGAGAUCGCGAACGACUCUAGUCUACCCCCGGCGCUGCCGCCGAAGAGAUCACGUUCGGUAAAACCGAAUGCGACACCACCGCCGAUCUCUCCGAAACCGGCGACGACGACCGCCACGAGUAUGCAGAACAUGCACAUCGGCAGUGGAAACCACGAAUCCAUCAUCGCGACUUCAACACCGGUCAAGGCUCCUCGAGAGAGCACAGAGUCCCUCAUCUCGGCUCACACGCCUAUUGUCAUCGACAAGAAGGAGAUUGGACCUGCGAAUAGCGUUACUCUGAACAACAAUUUGAAUCUCCAGAGCUCGCCGAGACCAGCGAGCAAAGCGCCGUCGAGCAUAUCGAUCGAUGAUAAUUCCAUGGAAUUGAGGGAUGUCGACCAGGAUGAGAGCAUGUUGGAUGAGCUGGAGAUAAACAAGUACUUAGUUUUUAAGAAGCCUGAGGAGGACGGACCUGACAUACGCGGCGGACAUCCGGACGCGUUGUUGAUUCACGCUACGAAAGCAAAUAAACAUGAUGAGAAAGAAUCAGAUUUCCUGUAUCAGGAAGCAUUCUUGACAACGUACAGAACGUUCAUGUCGCCGCUGGAGUUAAUAAAAAAAUUACACAGGCGGCAUCAGCGCUUCUCAUGUUCGCCAGACGUGGUUAAGCAACGAGCUGCUAGGGAAGCGUUUUCUCUGCUGGUCAGAGUCGUUAGCGAUUUAACCAUUUCCGAUCUCGACGACAACCUCCUCCAAACUCUGAUGGAGUUCGUGCAGCAAUUAGUCUGCAGCGGUGACCUCACGAUGGCCAAAGCACUGCGCGUCAAGAUCCUCGAGAAGCACGCAUGUAAGCAACAACAGACGGUUCAGCCUAUCCUCUCAUCUCUGAGUGUAUCGACCAAACAGGCCUCGUUACUGGACUUCAAGAGCGAGCAGAUUGCCGAGCAGAUGACACUGCUGGACGCCGAGCUCUUCAUGAAGAUUGAGAUACCGGAGGUUCUAGUCUGGGCACAGGAGCAGAACGAGGAGCGAAGUCCGAACCUGACGAGGUUUACUGAGCAUUUCAACAAAAUGUCCUACUGGGCGAGAUCGAGGAUUCUGGAGCACAGAAUGGAAAACGAGGCGAAGGAUCGGGAGAAGUACGUCGUCAAGUUCAUCAAGAUCAUGAAGCAUCUGAGGAAGAUUAACAAUUUCAACAGCUAUCUGGCGCUGCUCUCGGCGUUGGAUAGUGCUCCGAUCAGAAGGCUAGAGUGGCAGAAACAUAUUACUGAAGGACUUAAAGAGUACUGCGCGUUGAUCGACAGCUCGAGUAGUUUUAGGGCGUAUCGGCAGGCGCUGGCCGAGACGCAACCGCCCUGUAUUCCAUACAUUGGUUUGGUUCUUCAAGAUUUGACAUUCGUGCACAUUGGUAACAGUGACUUGUUGCCCGACGGUAGCAUCAACUUCUCCAAGAGGUGGCAGCAAUUUAAUAUCGUAGAAAAUAUGAAGAGAUUUAAGAAGGGAACCUACAGUUUCAAGAAGAACGAGCGCAUAAUCACGUUCUUCAACAACUUCAGCGAUUUCUUGUGCGAAGAGGCCAUGUGGCAGAUCUCCGAGAGCAUAAAGCCGCGUGGUGGCAAGAAGCCCCAGCCCCAGAACUAGACGACGCUUAACCCUUUCACUGCUUGCACGUCUAAUCCGAGACUCUCGCACUAGUUGUACAUUGAUUCCUUCGAUUUUUAGAGAUGCUUUUGUCCGUCAUGCUUUUCUGUUAGAUUCGCAUUUGUGCGACCAGUGAAAGGGCUUGCAUGGAAUGCGAAUCUCGACUCGCUGUAUAAAGAGAGAUAAAACAAAAAUUAAUGGGAUUAAACAGCCUCCGUGAGGUGUUUAGCGAUUUGUAUACCUUGUACACAUACUUGAGUAGAAAAAAAAGCGUUUGUUAUAUAGCAAAGCAUUCUUUACAAUCAAAAAAAAAAAUCGAACUUCCUGUGUUGUGAUAAUAGAGGAGAAUGUUGAGAAUGACAAGGUGAUCGAAGCGCCGAAAAAAUGAUCAAUGUCAAUCUUAUAUAAUUAAAUAGGGAAAAUGAAAAAAAGUAGUGAGCGUUAGGCUGCGAGUGCGUAGCGCACAGUGCAUCUGUAAAAAUGAACCGUCUUUAUGAGAAACAAACAGAGAGGAACGUUUUGAGUGCUGUCAUUAAGUAGUGACGCAUGAUUGCUUUGUCAAAUUAUGAGAAAUACUGAGUGAUAUGCUUUAAUUAUGCUUAGCAUGACGCUAAUAAAACAAAAAUAAUUCACGAAACCUCAGAGGUAAUAGUUAAACAAAAUUACACGUAUAUGAAUUUGUGCGUAUUAUUUAUUUACAUAGUCUUUUCGUUCGUCUCCGUUUGCAUCAACGUAUAUGUAACGUGUACAGAAAAGUGAAAUUAGAGAAGGAAACUUUUUAUUUGAAAUGAUUUCGGUAUAUGGUAGAUAUGCCCGUUAACUAGCUUUAUGUAGAUAGAAUCGUUUUCAAUGGUCAACAGCGGAACUGUUGAUUAUACAAGGAAGAACACCAAUUACGUUGAUUAAAGUAGAGCCAUCGUAGUUUCGUGUCGACGCUUUGAUCUAUGCGUGACUCGGGGCACAUGGUAUGACUGAAAGCGAAAAAAAAUUAAAAAAUAAAAUAAAACAAAUAAAACUGUUGCAUAUACUAUUGUAUAUGAAUUAUAGAUGACGUUUUGUUGGAAAACUUGUUAAUAGUUGUCCAAGCUUUCAGCUUUAAGUCGAUUUGCUAUUUAGGGAUUUAGAAAAUAUACGUCUGAAUUAAAGUGUAAAUUUAUUAAGUACCAUUAGGCAAAUGAGAUUUGGAACUCUUUGUUUUCGAUGCAAAUGCAAAAUAGCUCUAUAACAGAUAUAUACACAUUUGGUGCUGUUUAUAUCUAAACAUAUUAGUCAUUUUAGAAUGAAAAAGGCUUUUUUAUUUUUACGUACUGCUUUUGCUAAGUAAAAGAGAGCGAGAGACGAGAAAAAAUAAAUAUGUCAAUCGAGUUCGAAGCGAUGGAAGUGAGAUUCAUCGUUCGUAUGUAAAUUAAAUUCGAUUUCCAAUUGUAUUUAUUAUACUAUGUGUAUUAUAUAAAUAGAUAACCUUCGAAACGUGCAUGUGUGAGCGAGUGCGAAUAUAACGACUGAGAAUACAGGAAUUCCCAAGCAAUUACGAUAAGUUUCAGAAUGCAUACAUCGAAGAAAUUUUUUCGUAGAGAUAACGAAAAGUCUGCAACGUACGGGAAAUAUACGUAUGAUACGGUUACAUUCGGUUUCACGUAAAAGUAAAUACUAAAGCAAGCAAGUACUGAAACGCUAAGAUGUUUUAUAAACAUGUCAAAUCAAAAAAAAUCUUCAAAAUAAUCAAUUAAUAAAAUAUCGCGCUAUGGAUUCUAUUGCACUGAUCAAUUAUCAAUCAGAAAACAAGGAUUACAUUCUAGAAUCGUUUCAGUAAUUGCCUGCGAAUUACGAGAAAUACAAGGCCUAAGGUGACCGAGCUGUAAAGCAAUCCGACCAUAUCUUAAAUUACAUUUUUUCAAAUACACCAAACACAUUACUAACGUAUUUUUGUAAGCCUAAAUUUUUGCCCUCCCGGAAUUUCGAAAGGCACUUUUACAGGCUCUACUUAAAUGUGCAAAAUAACAAGUGGCAUCAUUCAUAAGUAUUGAAAAGCUUUCAGCGUAAUGUCAAAUAUAAUCAAUUAUAAUCCUGUAUCGGGCACAGAAUAAGUACUGAGAUAUUUUCGUUAAAUCGAGGUUUGUAAAUUGUAAGAAGAAAGAAUGAGUCUCGAGUGAUUGAGAAAAAUAAACAGCGUAGAGCUAGUAAAUUUGAAUGAUGAAAUGGUUCGUUUAUUAGCAAACAUGAUGUGUUUAAAUUAUUUCGCGAAGAAGAAAGAGAAAAAUUGAGUUAUCAUAAUUAAGAUAUUUUGUAAAUAUAAUUAAUCGGUACAAUUUGUUUUUUGUGCUGCUAUAAUAGUAUUUAUUAUUGAUAACUGUAAAGUAUCUAUAUGUAUGUACUGUAUAUGUAAAUGUAUCACCAAUUCUAAACCACACCUUACACUGAAAAUACCAUAUUUUAUUUUGGUUGAAAACGUCGUUUACGCAAUGCCAUAUUACAUUUUUAUUCAUAAUAGUCAUGCGUUUACAAGAUUUAUAUUAUUUUUAUUUAACGUAAAACAUUAAAUCGGAAACAUUUAUUUAAGUUGUUUUGUCCACCAUAUUGUGUCUUUAUUUCCAUGAACUAUUUACACAUAGAACCCUUAAUCGUAUAGUUAUUUGUAUGAUCAAAGGGAGGAUCUAUUAGAAAAUUCUGUCUGUAGCAAAAUUAUUUUUAAUCCCUUACGUUAAUUGAUCGUUCCACCACAUGCAAGCGAUAUAACUGUAUCAGUGUCUUUUGCUAAAAUAAUCGGAAUAAUUCCUUAGAUGAGAAUCAAAGCAAUUUUGAAAAUUUUUUAAAAAAUACGUAAAAAUGUAGUUUGCCAAAAUCAUAGAACUGUAAAACAUUCAAUCUAACAAGUCUUCCAAACACGAGAAUCAUUGAUCAUUCUAACAUCGAAAAUUGACGAGCCACUGUUGUGAUUUCACGUUUAGUCGAUCGUGGACCACGUGCGCCUUACGAUCUUUUGUCAUAAAUAUUGGCUUUCAACUAAAGCAAUUCAAUUUACAAAAUCACAUUCUAUAAUGCAGGAGAUAACUAUAAUGAUUCGGUAACUAUUUCGCAAUUCUUUGAUUGCUUAUAAAGAAUAUUAUGACUGAAUUUUCUACAAACUUCGAUUAAAAAGAUAGAUUGUUUAUUUAAGGAUUCAAAUUAUUAUUUUGAUAAAAUUUUAAUAUUUCCAAAUCGAUUGAAUCUAAACAAACACCAAUUUUUUCAUCGUAGUAAACCUCAUAGAUUGAAAUCUCUAUGUGCACAGACAGAAUUUUUCCCUAAGACUUCUAGCUACUCUAAACAACUAUACCAUACACUUAUAAAGCGCAUAUCGGUGUACCGCAUUAUGAAUAUUUGAAAAGGUUUUAAAAAUACGAGUGAGAAUUAAACCAGUGAAUGCGCAACGAAAUAUAUAAAGCAAAACAACUAUUAAGACUCGAUUUUAUCGAUUAGAUAGGCAAUUGUAUAAGAAGAAAGUAUCAAGCGAAUGUGAUCCAGUCUCAUUAUCGCGCUGUUCCCCGCAAGGAAAAUAAGAAAAAAAUAAUAGAAGAAAAUCGUACCUAUAUAUGAUAUGAUAUAUAUUAUUAUGUGAAACCAUACGAAAAAUCAGUGUUUUUCUAUCUCCUGCUCGGUGUACGUAUGCUUUUCUGGGAAAAGUCAUUUACGAUUUACGAUAUAAGAAUAUACGAUAUAUUACAUUAUACCUAGAAUCCGAGUUUGCGUCGCUAUAAUAAGCGAUGCAAACGUUGAAACAAUGCUGCACUGGGUGUUCCAAAUAUAUUAUACAUAUAAAAUUAUAGAAACGAGGACUUUUGAGAGUAAACCAAAUCAACUAUCCUCGACACGAUAUAGCGUUUGCGUAAGAUUACAGUAGGUUCUAUCGAACACCAACAUGUGCUGCACCACUGCAUUCAAGGCAAUAGUAUACGUUCACGUCAAUGACGUUUUAAUUAUCAAGAUAUUUUUGUCCUUAACUUCUUUGUUUACGUACUUCGUCAAAGCACAUCCAUUGCACGAUCAUAAUUGUUUUAUAAAAUGACCUUUUUUUUAUCGUUCGAAUGAUUAUUUCUCGAAAUAAUGCACAUCCAUUGCGAAUUCGUCCAUAGUCAUAAACAAUGCCAGUAAGAAAAAUCUCACCAUUGAGCACGAUGUUGUGCGAAAUACACCAAAAAAUUGAUAUCAGCAAUUAAUAAAACUAACUACCUUACGAAGAAACUGUUUUAGCAAUCUUUUAUCGGAAAUAUGUGUGUGUAUACCAUUACGGUGUAGUGAAAAAAAAAGAAAUAAUAAAUCUCCAACGUUUGUAGCAAUCGAGUAAUAUAUCUACUACUAUAACCAGCUGUUACGCGAUAUUCAAGAGAAUGUUCCAUUAUCGUUUUUCAAUUGACUGAAUAUUAUAUUCUUUUGGAUUAUCCUUAUACAAUAUGCAAAUUACAGAAACGUUUACAUUCAUCGCAGCAUCAAAGCUUUCUGGGACUUAUAUAAUAUAAUAACGUUUCUGAUAUAUACGGGUAAUAACUAUAAUGUAUCACACGACUUUGAAAUUUUAUAAAUCAUGUAGCUGUAGCAAUAUUACUACACGCAGAAUAGCAUAAUAUUAUUAUAAACGUCGCGCAUUAUUGCCAUAAACUAAUUUACUUUCAGACAUACAUGUGUGAAUUUCUAUUUUACAUUCUCUUGACACGAGAUAAUAUCUACGUUGUAAUCGCAAAGCAGCAAUAAUAACAAAGCCAUCGAUGCGCUGUAGUUUGUAACACAGUAGAGAAAAAGUUACGCAGAAACUAAAUAAGCAAAGAAAUGUGAACAAAAAUAACGAUACAUAUCCACGAUGAAAAAUAAAUACACACACACAUACGUUGCUGAUUAUACGCAAAGGCGAUAUCCCCGCAAGGUACAAUAUUGAUACUUAUAAUACUACUCCCUAAUCUCCCGAUAUAUAUUCAACGCAAAAGUGUAUAAGAGGGACAGUGACGACGGGCACAACUACUAAUAAUUUUUCAAAACGAAACAAAGGAAUUAUGCAUUUUCUCAAUUGUACGUGUUUUUCUAUUAUGUAAAAGCGACGAGGCACCACUGCACCGUUUUAUGGGUCAACGUGAUGCUGAUCUGCUCUGAGGCUAAUUUUGCAUUGUAAAUAAUAAUGAAAAAAUAACGUUUUCUCUUGUUGCAAUACACCUUAAAUUCCAAAUAUAUCGUGUAUAAUCAUUGAUUAACGAUUCUCCUGGUUUCGUUCGCGGUUUGACUUUUGACGACAAAGAAAAAAAAAAUCAAAUGUGUGUAUCGAUCUUGUAGCCAUGGUAGAUCUAUUCUAAUGUAUCGUACGUGUAAUGCAAAAUUAGCGAGGAAAAAUCAGUGCUGAAAAACUGGUAAAAAAAAUGAAAAUAAAAUAGAGCACUCGAGCGAUUAAAGGUGAAUUCCGCAUUGAUUUGCGUAGUAUAAUUACAGUGAAGCGAUUAGUGUGAUAGCAUAAUCAUAUAAUAGCGUUAAGAAACAUUUUUAAUUAUCAAUUGAAGGUGAAUAAAAAGACGAUUGGUUACAUCAA